AUGGCUGUACAAACUGACUCUGGAGGCAAAGAUGACGUGAAGACCCAGUUUGUGACGAGAGAAGGGACGUACCGUUUAAUGACUUUAUCGGAAUACUCGAGGCCUAAUCGGGUUGGUUAUACAAGUGGUUCAGGGUCCUCUCAUGUGCGUGUGUCGCUCGUGUCGCUUCCGCCGGGACCGGGGGGCGGAGCGCCGGGCUCCGACGGCCAAGGCUCUGAUGACAGGAUAUGUUUUAAUCAUGGGAAAGAGCUAUAUGUUUAUGUAUACAGAGGAGUUAAAAAGGCGGCAGAUCUCACGAAGCCGGUUGACAAGAAGAUGUAUAAAGGCACCAACCCGACGUGUCAUGACUUCAACACGGUCACGAUGACUGCGGAGAGUGUCUCGUUAGUUAUAGGAUUUUCUACUGGCCAAAUUCAACUCAUAGACCCAAUUAAGAAGGAAUUAAGUAAAUUGUACAAUGAAGAGAGACUGAUCGACAAGACGAAAGUGACUUGCAUCAAGUGGGUGCCCGGUUCCAGCAACCUGUUCAUAGCUGCGCACGCGUCCGGACAACUGUACGUUUACAACGAGGAGCUGACCUGCGGGACUGCGGCGCCCCACUACCAGUUGUUCAAGCAGGGGGACGGCUACUCCAUACACACUUGCAGGACCAAGUCUACCAGGAACCCCCUCUACAGGUGGGUCAUAGGCGCAGAGGGGAGCUGUAUAAACGAAUUUGCGUUCUCUCCAUGCGGGACGAAUCUAGCUGUAGUCUCACAAGACGGCUUCCUGAGAGUGUUCCAUUACGACACUAUGGAGCUGAUCGGCAGAGCGAGGUCCUACUUUGGUGGAUUCCUAUGCGUCUGCUGGUCACCUGAUGGAAAAUACGUCGUGGUGGGGGGAGAAGAUGACUUAGUGACUGUCUGGUCGUUCAGUGAAAGGAGGGUGGUUGCAAGAGGCCAGGGACAUAGGUCGUGGGUUUCUGUCGUCGCUUUUGACCCAUAUGUAGUCAGUUUCACUGACCCAGAAAGCGAGGAUGGUGUUGAUGAUGACCGACAGAAAAGUGAGAGUGUGCAGUGUUAUAGGUUAGGUAGUGUAUCGCAGGACACGCAGUUGUGUUUGUGGGAUCUUACGGAGGAUGUGUUGCGACCGCCCGUUAGGGCGAGAGCGUCUGCGCAUCUGUCUCCUAAUAGUCAAACGUUCUCUCCCAACGGAGUCCCGGGUGUGAAAUUACCGGCGAAAGGGACUAAAACGAAUAAAAUCGGCCACAAACACGCCGAGCUGAGCGGUCAGACGAACAGUUCGGGCGAGCCGUCCGGCGCCAAGAGCAAAGCGAGAGUCAAUAACGUGUCGACUUUGAACAUCAGCGUGGGGAAGGCGAAGGAGGAGAAUUCUGGAUCGCUCGGGGUGAACUCCUUAACGCAGAGGCUGGCCGGGUUCUCCUUCGGGGACCGUCGGUCGGAGCACCGGCGGAACUUCAGCCUGACGUCGAAGCCGGAACAGAAGACGUCCGGUUCGAACACGGUGGCGCUGCGGGGGAAGUCGGCCGGCGCGCAGGCCGGCGACUCCAGCGACCCGCUGCGGCUGAUGGGCACGCCGGCGUGCCCGCGCUUCGACGAGUGCCCGGUGCUGGAGCCGCUGGUGUGCAAGAAGAUAGCGCACGAGCGGCUCACGGCGCUGCUGUUCCGCGCCGAGAGCUUCGUGGCGGCGUGCGCCGACGGCUGCGUCAACACGUGGGCGCGGCCGGCGCGCGCGCACGGCGAGCCGCGCGUGCGCCGCCCCGACCGCAUCGACCUCGUGGACUAGGCAUUUACGUCUAUUCCAGAUGAAAACAACGAAGUAGUUUCAAAAUUCAGUGAAUUCCCUUUGGAACUACCUUGUUCAAAGAAAUCUUGGAUAGACAUUAAUGUUUGUAGACUUUGAAAACUAUGUUAAUAUUCUGUUUGAUAAUGUUAAGUGAAAUAUAAUAGAUAAUGAGACAUAUAUUUUAUUAGCAUAUUUCUGAGGUCUGCGAAAAUAGACAUUUUAUCACGGGGCGAUGUUGAUUAAGGCCUUCGUGAAUUCCAUAUAUGGAUACAUUGUGUGUGUGUUUGUGUCCUGGAGCUUUUCUGUGUUUGAAUACUCUACUCGUUGUAAAUAUAUGUCUAAUUCCUAUACGACAUAGUAAGAUGCUUAUGGGUGUUGGUCCUUGCCUAAUUUUCUUAACAAUGUAGUCUAUAAACUUAAUUUAUUUUAUAGUAAAAUAUGUUUAACAAUCAUUUAUAAGCAUAAAAAGACUUAAAUAUGAGGUGGCUGUAAAGUUUUAAUUCAAAUUGGAUGUGCUAAUGGGCCUGUUAGAGCCAUGACCUUUAUAAAUGUAAAUGGAAGAGACUGCCACGUUUUACAGCUAUUAAAAAGGUAUAUGCUUAAAAAAAGGAUUUUCAGAAAUAGUUAUAGUCCCCAAAACAAUUUUAAAUACAGUAUUUCAUCUGAAUUAUGUUCGCGACAAAGAAAACUAGGUUAUAAAGAAACGUAAAUAAAUUUAUUGUCACCAUACUGAAGAGAACAUACCUUUAUUAGGCAUUAGAGCUCAAUGCACAUUAAUAAAGUCCCUCAUACAACAAUAAUGCUCUCAAUACAAGUCAAUUACAGUAAAGUUCCAGUCGUGUUAUUGCAUUUGUUAUUGUAAAAUGGUAGUUAGAUAUAGAUACGAGAUUUAAACAUGUAUAGAAUGUAUAUUGUAAAUUAUAUCACCUGGAGUUAUUCACGAACGUGACUAAAUAAGACUUAUCUUCUCUCUCUUUCCCCCUUUGUUUAACUGUAUUGUACUCACAUACAAACUAUAAAUCAACUCGAUCCACAGGUAAAUGUGUCCGGAAGAAACAAAUUCGUCCGUUCAAAAAUGGAUCUUAAUUUAUUGCAAUAAAGCACACAAUUUUUAAAUAUAAAACUACUCAUUGUUAAAAAAAUUAAAGAGACCCAUUUUUGAUUUAUAAAAUGACGUGCAACUGUAAAAUAUUUUCUGUUUGAUUUAGUUCUGAUCUGUGAAUCGAGUUUAUAAUCGAUCGAAGAUUACACUUGACUUUUCCGACGUCCUGAAAGUUCCAUGAAGUGACAAGUUAAAUAGCAAUUAGCAGGUUGCUAUAUAAAUGCUGAGAUAGAAAGAGACAGAAGAUAAGGCAUGUUACAACGUUCGUGUUUAACCCCUCUGUUCAGUAUCGGCUCACAUAUGUACAUAUAGGUUAGGUAUAGCGAUCCAAGAUUGCGUCACGCACUCGAGUGCUUCGUGUCUUUAUUUAUUUCAUUUCGUUUUUAAUCUAUUCAGGUGUCAUUCUGUAUUUCGACAGUACAUUAUUUCGAAACGGUCAAAUUUUCGAAAAACAGUAGGUCUACUACCUCAUUGCUUCGAAUCAACGUGUUUCCUAUUAGCAUUGACUCGUUCUUCUCAUUUCAACUGUUAUAUCAUCAUUAUUGUCUAUAUAGUUAGUUAUAGUUAGUCGAAGUAAUGAGUGGUCGAACUAUAAUAUAUUCGAAUUGAGACUGUCUCGGCUGUAUUGACAGUGGAACUUACGAAUGAUACUACAAUUUAAAUGUUGUUGAAGUCGUAUGACGUUCGUGAGACUUGCAGAAGACUUUUUUGGCGCUCUUUCACAUUUCUUGCUUCAAAUAUCGUGUUUUCUUAAGAGUGUCGUCCGUUUUUUUAGUCAAUUGUUUCAGCUUAUUAGUUGCAAGUAGUUAGUCUAGUGAAAUUAUUUUAUUAUAAGAUAUAUGUACUCGGUUCUACUUUUAGAUUUCACUGCAAUAAACCUGGGGCCUUUAACAGUCGGUGAAAUAAAAAGCUUGCUAGAUAUAGUGAAGAAUACUACAAAAAAACUGGCAUAUUUUCACUUUUUUUUGUGAGUAAAAUAAUAUUUUUCAUGUGAUUCUAAAUAUGUAUUGUUUAUGACAGUUUGAGGAAUACAAAACCGUAAAUAUAAAAAAAAUCAGUCAAUUGACUUUCUUGAGAACUUCUUUUGUUACUUUAAAUUCUCUGUACUUUUAUCAAGUAGAUUUUAUAUAGGCAAUAUUAGACGGCGCGGAAUAGCGCAACCUACGGGCGAAUAGAACCGAAUGAAAACCCAAUGAAAUAACGACCUUAUUACAAGGACACUAAACUUAAAAAUCUAAAUGUCUCAUACUAUCUCUCAUAAUCUAUACAUAUAAUAAAUCUGUAGAAGGGUCAAUUCUGUACAUUGAAAAUAUUGUCUCUCAUAAUAGUAGUAUAAUAUCUGACAGUACAGACCGCGAGUUCAAACGACGCGCUCUGAUUGGCUCAGCCGCUUAAAUAUUUUCGCGACACAAAAAUUUUAUUUCUGCGAGGUACAUCGGUAUAACUUGUGAAACUGGUUACUAACUAGGAGAUAAGCCAAAAUAUGAUAACGCUUAUUGUAAUUAUGUUGGUUUUCCUUCACAUAGUGAGCUUUUUAAUUUCCUGACUAUAUCUUGUCUAUCACAAACGGUUGUAAAAAGAAUAAUGUAUUAAUUAUAUUUAUGUCAAUAGCUUACGACCGCAUGCUAAAAACUUAUUUUAAUAAUGUUAAAGUUAAAUGUGUGACAGACAUACUUGUUGGCCAAUAAUCUUGAAUUUAUUAUCUUUAUUAAAACAAAAAUCUUUCUUUAUUACUUUACAUACAUAUUACAUCUAAGUAUAUCCCUUACGGGGUAGGCAGGCAACAGUCUCGAAAAACCGAAAGGCCACUUUCAGCUGUAUGACUUUAUAAUGUAAUUGAGAUUCAAAUCCCAUAGCCUACAAGAAAAAUCCCAAGUUAGUUUAUUAGCCUAUCCCUCAGUCGCCUUUCACGACAUCCAUGCGAAAGAGAUAUAGUGGUCUUAUUCUUUUAUUCCGGGAACCACAUGGCAUCAAAGAAAAAACCAUAAUACUAUUUCUUACUAUAUUGCCCCUAUGAUUAUAUAUUUACUUUUGCAACAUACAUAUAUCGAUUUAAGCACGCAGUUUUGAGCGCUUUCUAUGAUAGUUUUUCUCAACCUACCUACCUAUGUAGUUGCGCGAAAAAUUUUAUAGUCAAUAGCCCUCAAUAACAAGGAAAAUAAGUUGUCUCUUGCGUUUGUUUUAUAUAAGUAAAAGGACGCAUUACACACACAGAAAUAAUUUCAUGUGUGAUAUGCGCCUUAGAUCGACAUAAUAAAGAGUUUAUAGAAGAAUUGUGUAUACAACAUAGUUAUUAUAUAAUUCUUAAAUAUUUGUUAAUAUUUUAGUCAUCAUUAUUUAUGUGAAUCACGUAUAACGUUUUAUUUUGUAAGUGAAGCUUAUAUUUAGAAUUUAUAUGUUUAUGAGAUUCAUAAUUGCAGACAUACAAGCGGAUUUGUUCAAGAUUUUAUGCCUAACUGCCUGUUAUUUAUUUUCUGUUAUAUAAUCAAGAUGUCUUGGCUUUAAAAUCCAAUAAGAUAUAACUUUGUUUCAUUGUAAUUUAUCUAUAACUUCUCUCAAAAACAUGUAUAGCAAAAUAAGGUGAAACAUUGCUAUUUGAACAUGCUAAACAGAUAUAAAAAUUUAUUUCUAUAUUAAAUCAACACAGCUGUAUUAAAAAAAUGGCUUCUUGAUACUUAUUAAUUAGCCAUAUUUAUUUGUAUUUUCAGUUUGUAAACGCUUGUACAUUAAACAUGAGAGAUACGACUGUCGGUAUGUCUGUGAACUAGUGAGACACGAACUGCAAGCCUAUCAAGUUAUUAAACUAGAGCAUUCUCUUUAUA